CGGAUAUUAGUAUAAUGUGAUGACAUGUGUUUGAAAUACAGUUUGCAUUGACUGUGAAACACAAUCUGUGGAUCAACUGAUGGCCUCCAGAAGACCUGAACACUCGGCUCCGCCUGAGAUCUUUUACAAUGAGAGCGAAGCCAUUAAAUACACGACAAAUUCCCGAAUGAUCGCAAUCCAGGCGCAGAUGAGCGGUCGAGCCAUUGAAUUGUUGGCACUUCCCGAUGACUCGCCACGACUUAUAUUAGACUUGGGCUGCGGAUCAGGUCUUAGCGGUCAAGUGCUGGAAGAGAUGGGCCACACAUGGGUUGGUCUGGACAUCAGUCAAGCAAUGCUUAAUGUGUGUCGAAGUCGUGGUUCAGAAUCGGGAGACAUAUUGUUGAGUGAUUUGGGAGAAGGAGUUCCCUUCAGAGCGGGUGCCUUCGAUGGUGCGAUCAGUAUAUCGUGUAUCCAAUGGCUCUGUAAUGCCGACAAAUCGACUCACUCUCCGGUGCAACGGCUCUACCGGUUCUUCUCGUCGUUGUACUCGUGUUUGUGUCGCAACAGUCGCGCAGUCUUUCAGUUUUAUCCCGAAAACGGCUCUCAAAUCGAGUUAAUCACCGCUCAGGCCAUGAGAGCUGGCUUUACGGGAGGACUGGUCGUCGACUUCCCCAACAGUACUAAAGCCAAGAAAAUGUUUUUAGUUCUGUUCGCCGGCGGAACCGCUCAACAGUUGCCUAAAGGACUGACCGAAUCCAACGACAAUACCGUUCCUUACAGUAGUAAACGUGAGAUCACGGGUCGGGGACAGCCGUCUAGAGCACCGAAAAAGUCUCGCCAAUGGAUACUCGAUAAGAAAGAGCGCCGAAGACGUCAGGGAAAGCACGUGAGGGCUGACACCAAAUACACGGCGAGGAAAAGGAGCGCAAGAUUUUAGGAUUGUUUUGAUGACAACGAGUUUAAUCAGUGUUUAAAACUACUAUUAAUUGAAAUGACAUUUGGUUUUGAUUGGAAAGUGAGAGAAAAACAAUUCAUACAAUAAUUACAAAAUUUAAUGUGAAUUUAAACAGAG